GGAUGCUGCAAGGGGGCGGAGCACUUCCCAUCCCUAAAAUCCACAACUUCCUAAAAAAAGCUCAGUAAGCUGCUGGUGGUUGCUACACUGCUGCUAAAGUCCCCAAAAUAUCGGAAACUGGCUCCACAGUAGCUUGGAACAAGGCUUUCAGUGUUGCUGCCCCAUUCAUUCUGUGGAACAGCAACCCUGUUGAAAUAUACCAGGCAUGCACUAUCUGUACUUUCUAAAACAAUGGAAGACGUUUCUGUGUGAACAAGGUUUUUCAGCAGCUCAAAAAUCCUUUGCCACAGGUGUUCAUUUUGUAUUGUUUUUAAACCUACAGUAUAUUCAGUUAUUUUUUAUAUAGUUUUAAAAACCAUUUCAGCUGUUUUUAUUAUAUAUUUGUAAAUCACAUUGACACACAUGUAAAAGGGAAUUUAUAAUUUCAGCGACAGUCAUUAAAAUAAUGUUGGAAUUUCUUAUAAAUAUAGGGAAAAUGUUAAAAAUGUGGUUGCUGGGCUGGGACAUGUAAGGAAGAAAAAAAGGAAAGCAAGUGUUGGCAAAGCUACCAGUUUUUUGUACUCACUUGGUGUACUCACACGCUUGUAAUAUUUCACUUGGUGUAAUAUUAACUCAGCCAUUUAUGCAACAGCUGAGAAGAUGAGUCAGCAGUUUGCAAAACGCCAUUUUUAAAAGCAGCCAAGAAUAAGGGAAGAAAAUGCAGAUUUCUAUUUUCACAGUUGAUGCCUUUACAGAUCAGCCGUUUUCUGGAAAUCCUGCAGCUGUUUGUCUUCUUGAAGAUGAACUGGAAGAAGGUUGGCACCAAAAAAUCGCAAAAGAAAUGAACCUCUCAGAAACGGCAUUCAUGAGGAAACUGGAUCCUACUGAUGACUUUACAAGAAGUUCCCAUUUUGGAUUAAGGUGGUUUACACCAGCUAAGGAGGUCCCACUCUGUGGCCACGCUACCCUUGCCUCAGCAGCUGUGUUAUUCCAUAACAAGAAAAAUGUGAAUUCAACCCUCACUUUCGUAACUCUGAGUGGAGAAUUAAAUGCCAGACAAGCAGGCGAUCGUAUUAUCCUGGACUUACCCCUUUAUCCUACUUAUCCACAGGAUUUCCAGGAAGUGGAAAAGUUAGUGAAGGCAGCUGUAGGCGAUAUGAAUGUUCAAGAUGUUCGCUAUUCUCCUGACACAAAGAAGCUCCUUGUCUGUCUCAGUGAUGCUUAUGGAAGGUCUGAUCUGGAGAAAAUACAAGUGAAUGGCCAAGAACUUUUGCUGGCUGAGAAGACUGGGAAAGUCCAAGGAUUAAUAGUCACACUUAAAGGAGAUUUCCAUGGAAAACAUGAAAGCUAUGACUUUUUCUCUCGAUACUUUGCUCCGUGGGUUGGAGUUUUAGAAGAUCCUGUCACAGGAUCUGCUCAUACUGUCUUAAGUAGUUACUGGUCACAACAACUGGGAAAAAAGGAAAUGUGUGCAUUUCAGUGUUCUGCUCGUGGAGGAAAGUUGAAGAUUCUGCUUCGGCCUGAUGGAAGAGUAGAUGUCAGUGGCCAAACAGUCAUUGUGUUGAAGGGUUUUUUGACCAUUUAAGAAAAUACGCUGAAAAAAGGAGAGAGAGAAAAUAAAAUUAAAUAAAGCUCUUCGUCAUUACAAAUUUCCAUUUCUUCUUAUCGUUGCUGAUGCAGAUGAAUAUUUUACAGAGACAACGACUACUUAAAUCAAAAGGCAAAUUGGACAUAAUUCAGAAGACAGGCAAUUUAACUGAAGUUUGAUUUUAUAGUUUUAUCUGAUUUUUAUUUGUUGCAUUGCAUAUUUGUAAACUGCCCUGAGACUAUUGUGGUAUAUAAUUUUUUAAAAAUUAAAAUAAAAUAAAAUGUUUGUAUAUUUUUA